UUAUUCUAAAUGUGGUAUUUAAAAUUACUUUAACAAACAUUGGAACUGUAUUAAGCUUGGCGUUGUAUUCCAUUAAAGUAGGCUAUCGUUCUCAUUGUGUGAUUAUAUAUAUAUGUACUAAAAAAUUCAGUUUUUCGUUUAUGGUUGGUUUCCAGGCUGACGUAGAAGCAGUGGCUUUAUUUUUAACGGAUGACCACACUUUCCAAGUAAUUGAAGACUCUGACUGGAAAAACAUUAAUAAAUCUGUUCUCAUAUCAACUGAUCGUGACCUGACCUCCAGACUUCGCAAAACUCUAUCUACCAGCCUUAUUUCAGUACUGCAUAGUGUCUUAUUUCUUUGGCCAUCUAGUGGUGACGUUCCAGAGUUUCAGACGUACUUCAGAAACAUCAUACAAGAAAAUUCCGUGUCCCCACAUCCUCUCGUGCAAGAGUUAUGGCAUUCGAUGAUGAAAAGCUCUGGUCAAGAAUUUGUACAUAAAGGUUUCGUAUUUCCUAAGGAGAUGAAAGCCUUCGCUCUGCCAUCUACCGGCAAGGUAUCAUCAGGCUAUCCAGUCUUCAACACUAUUAAGGCGGUAUGGACGCUAGCCCUUGGACUGAAGACGGCUCAACAACGGCAGUGUCGACCGGGUAGCGACUGUUUCUUAACGCAGACGAACGCUCUUGGUCCCGCAGUGUUACAAGCACUGCAGAACAAUCAAAAUGUGUUGUUAGAAACCCCGGUAACGUUCAAGGAAGGCAAGCAGCUGAUGUUUAACGAUGUUUUUCCUAACAACGGACAGGUGAUUCUGACAUCUGUUUCUGGCGAUGGUGUUUUCAGAGAGGUUGGGAGAUACAGCGACAAAACAGGGCUAAUCACCCACAAGAUGACGGUACUGCAGCACCGAAAAGCCACUACCCCCAACUACUACAGCCAACAGAUACCACCCGCCAGCCUCAGGUCUAGCGCUCUCACCAUGAAUCCUAAGCACGAGCUGAGCAGUCUUCCCACCACCAGUAAAAAACAAUUAUCAAGCGUGCUUGUCACUAACAUACAGAACACCAGCUUUGGCGCGUGGAUAAAUAGAACUUGGUGCCUCGUCACCAUCGCGUUUUCUGGAGCCGGCGUUUUAGUGACUCUCUAUGUCUUAGUUUUUCUGCUAAUGAAAUUUUGUGACAAGACAGUAAAGAAGAACACCAUCGUAAUCUCCAUGUUCCAACUUUUAGCUCUAAUAACAAUGUACGUAGGAGCUUUGCUAUUCACUUUCCAACCUUCGUUUGCUAUGUGUGGUGCGCGCAAGGUUGUCCACAAUGUUGCCUAUGCAUUCAAUUAUGGAUGUCUUCUCCUUCGAGCCAUGAGUCUUCGAUCCCAGAAGACCCUGGGGCUUGGAGGCAGCAUCAGCCAGGUCAAUCAGAUGUUGACACUGCUAUUUGUAGUAGGAGCACAGGUGGCGCUAGAAGUUCAGUGGUGGAUUCUUCGUCCGCCAGGAGUCGUAUUUGAACCUGGCGAACUCUUGGAAUGUUCUAUCUCAAGAGGUGAUUUUCUAGUUUGUCAAUCCUACAUAAUCUUCCUUCUAGUGGUGGCUGUGUUGAUGGCCUUUUUCUCACGCAACACUCCGUACUGUUACCGCGAAGGGUACUGUGUUACAGUUACAAGCUUACUCUGUUUGACAGUGUUCUUUGUCUGGGUUGUGGCCUUUGGCCUCUUACCUAAAGAUGAAGAUCGAGGUUUCUCGGCGAGUGUGGCCCAAAUAUCAACGGCCACGGUUAUCUUGGGCGGUAUAUUUGGCCCCCAACUGUACAGCUUACAUAAGUAUGGUAAAAAUAUUCACAAGCCACUGUCUUACGCCGACUCCCUGUCAACCGUGUUUACUAUGUUUAAAGACAUAGACAGCGUGUCUGGGGGGAGCACAUCGUCCUUGAGAGGGAAGAAGUCCGCAAAAACUUUGGAAUCACCUUACUCUGGUGAAGUGAUCCAAAAUCCCCUCUACGAUGAAUUAAACUCGGCUUAUCCUUGACAGAACGCUCUUGUUGAGUGUUUUUAUUUAUUGAAUAAUCAGGUCGUUAUGGCAAGUGAAUAUGAAGAAACGGUGCUUGUUGGUGACGUUUUCUGUUAGUAUGUAUUUGGGAAUGUUACCUGUCAAGGUAUUAGGAUAUCAUUUUGGAGUUUUUAGUAUAGGAUAAACCACUAAACUGUAAGUAUCUUCACGUUUUCUACAGAUACACGUGGACAAAGCAGUAGAUUGAAGUGUAAUUAUAUUCUUCCGUGAUUGCUUUACACGCAUUGUAUAGCUAUGUGAUUAAUCACCUCCGUUUGUAAUAUACACCAGUAUAAAGAAUGCAUUAAGCAAUAGUGAUUACUUAAUAGAGUUUGCUGCUUUUAUUUUAUUAACUUUACCAAGAAAGACGAAUUUGUUGGGUUUUUUCUCAAACAUGGAAACCAAACCCUUUUAGUACUCGUUUUAUUUUUUUGAGAAUAUUAUAAGCUCAGACUCAAUUGCUGAACAGGAAAACCUAUAUUAAUAUUAACUCAGACUCAAAUGCUGAACGGGAAAAUCUAUAUUAAUAUUAACUCAGACUCAAAUGCUGAACAGGAAAACAUAUGUUAAUAUUAACUCAGACUCAAUUGCUGAACAGGAAAACCUAUAUUGAUAUUAACUCAGACUCAAUUGCUGAACAGGAAAACCUAUAUUAAUAUUAACUCAGACUCAAUUGCUGAACAUGAAAACCUAUAUUAAUAUUAACUCAGACUCAAUUGCUGAACAGGAAACCCUAUA